AUGCCCCCCUCGCGAGUCCAUGGCGGCGCCGGCGCGUUUCGCGCGCGGAGCCACCAUGGCGCGGCGCUGCUGUCGCUAUUGGCGGUGAUCGUCAUGGGACUCGUUCGUCCAGUCGCGCCGUCCACCGACGCUCCGGCGCUGCACGAGUGCGACUCGUCGGACCCGCUUCUCUCGCCGCUCUCGCGCUUCGGGGGGGAUCACACGCAUCGCUACCAGCGCCCGGCGCACCUGUGCUGGAGCAAGGCGGAGAUGCCGUGCUACGCGGGGAUCCGCGGCAUGGCCGCGCGCUCCGAAACUCUCAAGCGCAAACUACGCGCGUACCACGAGUACCGGCGCGAGUGCGACGCGAAGGAAAACAUCACGUCUUUAAAAACAAAGCUGCGCGCGGGGAACGCGACGGAGUGCAGAUACCUGCUCUGGCACUUCAAACCCGGCGACGGGCAGGGUAACCAGUUCAUCUCGCUCGUAUCCGCGCUUGUGUACGCGCUGCUAACGAACCGCGUGUUUCUGCUCUUAACGGGGAUGGGACCGGCGAAGCUGAUGUGCCAGCCGUUCGAGGGCGCGCCGUGGUUCGUCUACUCGGAUGUGCCGAACGAACGGUGGGAUGCGACGCUGGUGGGCAUGCGCAUCGCUUAUCAGUACUUCCCCGAUCGAGUGGCGGCCAUUGAGAACGGCACCAGUGACACCAUGGACGUUCCUAACAUCGCGCAGGUGAGCCUACACCACACGGAGCAGAACACGAGCCUCUUCUUCUGCCCUUCAGAGCAGCAGUGGCUGACGCGCGUGCCGUCACUCCUACUCCUGGCAAACCAGUUCUUCCUGCCCUCGCUCUUCCACCACCCCUCCUUCCGCCGCCACAUACAAGACCUCUUCCCCUCGGGCCGCAUCUUCCAGACCGUCUCCCAGCUCAUCAUGUUUCCCAACAACCGCCUCUGGGCGGCCAUAACCGACAACAUUCACCGCCGGGCGGCGCCGGCCGCCGCCCGGGUGGGGCUGCAGCUGCGGCACUGCAGCGCGGAUAUUAUAUCGCAGGCGGCAGAAUGCGUGGUGCAGGUGGCGCAGGGGGAUGCUGUGGCGGAGGCGAGAAGAGAGAGGGAGAAACGGGAGGGGGAGAGGGAGGCGGGAGGGGAGCCUGGUGGGGUGGGGGCGGUGGGAGGCGUGGGGGGAGCAGGUGAGGGUGGUGCAGCGGGGGGCAGUGGGGAAGCAGUAGCAGCAGCAGCAGCAGCAGCAGCAGCAGGGACGGGUGAGGCGACGACGGCAUAUGAAACCACCACCAACAUCAACAGCAGCAGCAGCGCGGCUACACCAGAUCUCACCCCAUCAAGCACAGUGAUCAGCAUCCCCGCCAGCAGCAGCGACAUCACCAACAGCAGCAUAAUCAGCAACGGCACCUUCUCUCUCGACCGGCUCACCACAGAGACAGCUCAAACCGGGCUAGACGCCGAGGUGCAGCACGCCAUCAUCGACAUCUACACCCUCGCGCUCGCCUCUGACGCCAUUCUCAUCUUCCCCACCUCUACAUUUGGGUACCUCCUCUCCUCGCUCUUUGGCCGGCCGGCGUUUUUUGUCUCUCAGGGCUGCCAGCCGGCCCCGUUGGAGCCGUGCUACCAGCACCCCCCGCAGCCGCACCAGUGCUCGGAUGGGCAGCAAGUGGGAGUGCCGCCGUUCAGUGAUUUGUUUGCGCGCGGCGGCGGCGGAGGCGGCGAGCAGCUGGCGGGCGACGAGAGCCUGGUGUUCGAGACGAGCAAGGGCGUGCAGGUGCUCUCCUCCUUCGAGCAGAUGGGCAUCCGCGAGGACCUGCUUCGCGGAAUCUACGCGUUCGGCUUCGAGAAGCCGUCCGCCAUCCAGCAGCGCGCCAUCAAGCCGAUUAUUGCCGGCCGUGACGUCAUCGCGCAGGCGCAGUCCGGCACGGGCAAGACGAGCAUGAUCGGCCUCGCUGUGUGCCAAGUCGUCGAUACGAGCUCUAGAGAGACGCAGGCGCUAAUCCUCUCGCCGACGCGCGAGCUGGCGGUGCAGACGGAGAAGACGGUGCUGGCGGUGGGCGACUUCAUGAACGUGCAGGCCUACGCCUGCAUCGGCGGCCGCUCCAUCGGCGAGGACAUCCGCAAGCUCGAGUUCGGCGUGCAGGUGGUAUCGGGCACGCCAGGGCGAGUGUACGACAUGAUCAAGCGCCGCAGCCUGCGCACACGAGCCAUCAAACUCCUCAUUUUGGACGAGUCGGACGAGAUGCUCAACAUGGGCUUUAAGGACCAGAUCUACGACAUCUACCGCUACCUCCCGCCAGAGCUGCAGGUGGUGCUGGUGUCAGCCACGCUCCCCCACGAGAUACUGGAGAUGACCAACAAGUUCAUGACUGACCCCGUGCGCAUUCUUGUCAAGCGUGAUGAGCUCACACUCGAGGGCAUCAAGCAAUUCUUUGUGGCGGUGGAGCGCGAGGAGUGGAAGUUUGACACGCUCUGCGAUCUCUAUGACACGCUCACCAUCACCCAGGCGGUGAUCUUCUGCAACACGAAGCGCAAGGUGGACUGGCUGACGGAGAAGAUGCGAGCCAACAACUUCACCGUGUCCGCCAUGCACGGCGACAUGCCCCAGAAGGAGCGCGACGCCAUCAUGACUGAGUUCCGCGCCGGCACCACACGCGUGCUCAUCACCACUGACGUGUGGGCUAGAGGCAUUGACGUGCAACAGGUGUCACUGGUGAUCAACUACGAUCUGCCCAACAGCAGAGAGCUCUACAUUCACCGCAUCGGUCGCUCCGGUCGUUUCGGCAGAAAGGGUGUGGCGAUCAACUUCGUGAGGAGUGAUGACAUUCGUAUUCUGAGGGACAUAGAGCAGUACUACAGCACACAGAUCGAUGAAAUGCCCAUGAAUGUCGCCGACCUCAUCUGA